AUGGCAUUAGCCAUAUUGGCUUCUUGCGCAAUUGGUAUGAAUUGCAAUUUUCUUCUUUUUCUUGCUCUGAAACUAAAAUUAAUCGUAUACUAACAUUGUUAUUUUUGUCAGGCUCGAGUUAUGUCAUCACGAAAACGGUACGCAUUAGUUGCCUCUCCCCUAUACCUAUACAUCUCCGUAUGCGCUUCAGGACUUGAUAAAAUCGCAAAUAAAUGAUUGGUCGAGCUGUGUGAUGGAGAAUUGUGUUCUGAUAUAUCGUUGAAGUAGGGCCUCGCACAAGCAGCGCAGCACUAUGGCUUUACUGGCGAUGGCCAUGAAUAUCUGCGAAGUCCCAUGUGGUGGUGCGGAAUGCUCAUACGUAAGCAAGAAUACGAUCCCAGAAUUAGGUUCGACAAUUGCUGACACAACCCAGUUGUUUCAGGGGAGAUAAUGAAUACCAUAGCGUAUGCUUUUGCGCCGGCAAUUUUAGUCACUCCCUUGGGUGCUCUCAGUGUUUUGAUAGGGUAUAAGGAAUUGCAAUUUUUCUUGAGACUGUAGAUCGCUGACAAGUUAGCAGGACUGUAAUGGGCGCAUAUUUUCUGCAUGAAGAAGUUCGUACCUUGGGGAAGCUCGGUUGCGCAACAUGCCUUUUGGGCUCUAUCAUGCUCGUGUUGCAUGCUCCGCCAGACAAGGUAAGUCCUAUUUUCCUGAGGGAAAAGUUCUUUUGUCAAGUUAUAUGACUGAGGUGCUCUUCGAUUUCCACACUGUUCCCAAUUGAUUUGAAAAUCUAAAGAAUAAUGCUGACUCAAAUUACUCGGAUAGGAUAUCCAGGGGAUUGACGAAAUCAUCCACUUGUCCAUCCAGCCAUGUAAGGUUCACAUCUAAAUUCAACUCGGACUCGGAUCUAAUGACCUUAUAGUUUUUCUGCUUUACUGCGCUUUUGUCACGAUUUUUUCUUCGUACAUGGUCUAUGUUGUUGCUCCAAAAUCCGGCAGGACGAACCCACUUGUUUAUAUCUCGAUCUGCUCUUUAGUCGGGUCUAUAUCGGUCAUGGCAGUAAAAGCCUUUUCGAUUGCUGUCAGGCUCACAGUCAAGGGAGAGAAUCAAUUCUCGCAUCCUUCAACCUACGCCUUUCUAGUCGUUCUUGUCGUAUCCACCUUGACACAAAUGAAUUAUCUUAACAAGGCAAUGGACAUGUUUCCAGCAUCACUGUUUGUUUCCCCUUCUAAUAUCGACGGACGUUAAAUGAUUCUGUACUAACUGGCGUCCAGCAUCAAUGCUAUGUAUUAUGUUGUGUUCACAACUUGCACUCUCUGCGCUUCGUUCAUCCUUUAUGGCGGCUUCAACACAUCAGAAGCCAUGACGACACUUUCCCUAGUCUGCGGGUUUCUUCUCAAUUUCUUCGGCAUCGCGUUGUUGACGCUCUCCAAAACAGAUUCUCGCUCAGAUGAAUACACGCUGGGCGGGGGCAGCGAUGGAAAUAACAAUUUUCCCCUGAGUCCGAUGGCUAGUCCUAUCGAAUUGAGGAACUUGGGAUAUGGCCGGGUGUCUACCGCGAGGAGAGAUGAGUUCAAUCGAGACAGCGAGGAGGGCUAUAGACACAGAAGUGCUAGUAUUCGCUGA